AUGCAUAUAGCAGAGAUCCGAAGGAAGCUAGCGAGCUCACUGGUGAUGCUGGAGAUCGGUGGCAACGACUUCAACUACGCCUUCCUCCGGCAACAGACCCGGCCAAGUGACGGCGGAUAUGGCCUCGGCAACGUCACCCGUAUAGUGGAAACUCUACAACAGGCCGGGGCGCUUGUGCCUCCAGUCGUGCAAUCCAUUUCGAACGCAGCGAAGGAGUUGCUGGAGAUGGGCGCGGUCCGGGUGGUGAUCGCCGGCAACUUCCCGAUCGGGUGCGUGCCGGUCUACCUCGCCGGGGCGAACGUGACAGAGCUGGCCGCGUACGACGCGGGCGGCUGCCUGGCCGUCCUCAACGCGUUCGCGGAGCUGUACAACGCGCGGCUGCGGAGCGCCGUCGCGGGCCUGCAGCGGGCGCACCCGCGCGCCGUGGUCGCGUACGCGGACUACUUCGCGGCGUACGCCAGGGUGCUCCGCGAGGCGCGCGCGCGCGGGUUCGACCCGGCGAGGACGCGCACGGCGUGCUGCGGGGCCGGGGAAGAAGCCGCGGCGUACGGCUUCGACGAGAGCAGGUUCUGCGGGGCGCCCGGGACGGCCGUGUGCGCGGACCGGGACCGGUACGUGAGCUGGGACGGCGUGCACCCGACGCAGCACGCGUACGGGGCGAUGACCGAUCUGCUCUACCGCGGGGGGCUCGCGUACCCGCCGCCGAUCAAGUGGCCGGCGGGGCAGACGACGCCGGGGACGAAAGCGCACUUGAAUUGA